UAUCUGUUCUUGUUGAAAUCUUUUAUGAGGUAAUGUUCAAAGAUCCCUCUAAGGCCGUCUGACACACGGUUUAGUUAAAUCUAAUAAAAAGCGAUCAUUGAAAGUAGUGUUUUACAAAAAAGGUUCGAAAAAGGUACACUUUGUUUUGGUGGCAAUUACAGUUACAAUUACAUUUUACAUGAUAUGUAAGUGGUAGAAACUUGCUCAAAUUUGUUAUCAAAACAGGAUUAACACGUCAUUUACCGUUGCCAGACAACUGGUCCUAAAAAAGAAAAGUUAUUGAAGUUGCAACUCACCCGAUGAGUUCCUCGCAAAAAUCUGCAAGAAAAAAUGCCUAAUAUAUACAAAGGAAAGGGAAUGACAGCAGUCAAAGAAGCUCAUGUGCGGAGAGCUUUAGAAAGCAAUAAUGGAAACAAGAGCAUUGUGACGUCCGCGGCUGUUGCCAAAGCUCUGAGUGACAUUGGCGUCAAUGAAGAAACGAUUCAAUGGAGAAGGACAACGCAGUUGUAUAUGGAAGCUUUGCAAACUAUCAAUCAACAGGCAAGGGGCGAGGAUUCCGAUGUAUAUCAUUUAGGAAGCCAAAGCGAAGGUUCUACGACAGUAGGUAUGAACUCAGACUACGAUUGUCUGGAGUGCUAUAGAGAAGUGCCAGUGAUUCAGAAUACCGCUGACAGGCAGUUUGAGAAAGAGCAGCUACUUGUGGUUACAGACAUGUCACCCCCGCCUCAGUGUUGCUGUCUGCAAUGGCUCAAGCCUGAUUAUUCUAUAACUUUGACUGAUAGAACGUUUCCGCAUCUUCAUAUUGAUGCUCAUGGGCGGGUAUUCCUGAGAAACAUUGUGAUGAAAAUGUAUAUAACACCGUUCUUCAAAAGAUGGGGUCGUGACUAUAUCCAACACGGUCCUUCGCUAACCAUCGACGAUACUGUAGAUAUGGUCUACGCAUUUCAUUGUGCAAAACUGCCUGAAGAUUGUCAAUAUAUUUUCCGGAGACCAAAGCCUGGGCAUUGGCCUUCCCCAGCAUUGUUAAACCAGCUAAAGGAUAGCGGGGUAUUCCUUGUUUCGACUGCGCAUGUUGAGAACACAGCACACUGGGACCCUCGCCAACACAUAGGAAUAUUAAAAGUGCGAACAUUCGAUAAGUCACAUGAGCUUUAUUGGAGGUUAUCUACCAAUUCGAUGGAGCGGCUUUUGAUGUUCGACCUCUCAAUGACGCAAAUGAAAGUGUACGUACUCAUGAAAAUAAUCAAUAAAGAGUUUUGCAAGCCGCUAGUUGGAGACCGUUUAAGCACGUUUCACUUAAAAACUACGUUGAUGUAUAGCGUGGAAAUGUCACCUCAACACAUCUGGAAAGAUGAAAAUCUUAUCCAAUGUUUAAAAUUAUGUUUGACGACAUUAAGAAGGUGGUUAAAUGUGCGAUAUUGCCCUCACUACACAACGGCAAAUGUGAAUUUGUUUGACGGUAAACUUCGAUUGAACGAGUUUCCUGUUUUGAUAGAAUUGUUCACAGAUAUUAUCCGUGACGAUUUGUUUUGUUUGUAUAAUGUUGAAAUGGACGACCUUGGUCACCGUAUAUCAUCGCAUUCCCCAGAUAGUACAAGUGGGCGUCAUUUCAAAGAACUGGAUAUCGUUGUUGCCAACCAUAUGUUUAAUAUUCGGGUCGCUUUCUCAUGCACAAAUUUUUACUUAGUUUUUAGGUUACAGCUUGUAGAAGAAGAUACAUCACAACUUAUAAACGACCAUGCCCGGUACAUUCAAAAGCUUGAGACUAUUAAUAAAACCAGCACGGGACACAUUCGUUUAGCAGUCUCUACUACAUUACCAUUUCAUUAUUCCAUUCAAGCUGCAAUGAAAGCAUCGCUCUGUAUCGUAAAUAAUCUAACAUUACCGCAAGAGAUAUUCACUUUGUGUGAUAAGUCUCUGAUGUCCGACGUGACGUCGAGUCGCCUUAAGUUGGCUUCGAUAUAUUUCUCUGUAUGGCGUUUUAAAGAGGCUGCUGCAAUUCUUAAGCAAGCAGACGCUCUUAUUUCUAACAAAAUAAUAUAUUUUAGCCCUUUCUUUUGUUAUAAAAACCCUAAGUUUGGUUCAGAGAUAAUGGGAGGCCGAAAAGAGUUCAUAGACAUCUUGCAAAAAAAGGUUGCUGUGUGUACGAUUUUUAGCAGACACGACAUGAAUUGUGUUCCUGGGCAGCUUGUUGCCGAGUUCUACAGAACAGUAACGGUAGAGGAUGCAAGUUGCCGGCUUCUCAGCGAUUACUGGAUGGACCUUGCAGUGGUUGAUUCAUUGCCAUAUUUGUAUUACCUACAGUAUUUAACAUUUCGAACUACCGGAUUAAUCAGCGACAAAGACAGUGCGUUUAAGAAUCUCCAUUAUCACGUUAUUUCCAAAGAGUCAGAAAUUCGUCCAUAUCAUAUCGAAACCUCAUUAAAUCUGUUAGGACAUUGCUGUGAGCUGGAAGGCAAUUUGUCAGAAGCUUGGCGUGCCUAUAAGGACUCAGUGAAACUUCGACCCCAGAAUAACGCAGCUUACUGGCACAUGUUUAGGAUUAUUGGAGGGCUUAUUUAUGGGCUUAGAAUGUUAUCCUAGCGACAUUCUGCUACACAACGGUGCAAAUAUGCAUGACAAAGGGAGAAUAUAAAUAUGAAUAUUUGACAUAGUUGAAUGUUGAUGAGAGAUUUUCUCUUUGUGAUGUCUAGUUAUUGUCAAUAUUCAGUUUGACUCAUGAUUGCAGCGCAGAUGCAGUUGAACAUAAUCCUGUUCACAUUAACCAUGUAGUCGUAUUGCCAUCUUCUGAAAUUAGUAGCGAAGAGCUGAUACUUAAUUACGUAGACAUUCUUAUGAAUAUCUAUUUACAUUUUUCUGUACAGUGCUUACCUGUUCAUUGUGAUUUCUGUUAGAUUUAUUAAACCUUAGGGUCGUACCAAUAAUGUACUACAGGUUAGGUUUGUCGAGACGCUCUUUUAAGGAAAAGCUUUCAAUAAGUAUCUUUUUAGAUUUAUCAACUUUCAAAAUGGUUUCAUUAUACCGACAUUGCACACGUUUCUUCAAAUUGCUGUAAGAGGCAUUUUUACUGAUUCAAUCAGUACUUAAUGGUUUUAGAACUGUAAAACGAUAUGUAUUUUUGUUCUUUCUUUGCUCAUUUCUGAUUGCCAUGGUAUUCUAAAUCGAAAAUCAAAGUGACGAAAACGUACCAAACAAUUAUUCUCUGACAUUCCAAAUAGCCUCAACCGUUUUCCCCAUUUUUUUUUCAUGACCAUUUAAUAACAAAAACCAUUCGUAUGUUCCUAAAUAUUUAUAAAGCAAGAUUUAUUUUGUAAAUAUGUAUUCUUAUGAUGCGCUAAU